CAUACAUGCAUAAUAAUAAAAUGAAUAGACCGAAUUAAAAUGGAUGUUAACUGUGUAAAAACAAUAAAUGUGCUGGAUUUUGGGAAAGGUAUAGUGUGUCAGAAAGAUACAUCAAAAAAGGUACCGCCUUACUUAAACAUUUUUUCCCAUUCCUGUUCUGAGUUCUGAGAGUUUUGAGAGAAAGAUUUUUGUUUGAUACUUUGACCAAGAUGUCGUAUUUUUCUGUUUUUGCGAAAUUUCAUGAAAAUGUAUGAAUCACUUCUGCUUUUCGUUAGUGCUAUGCGACAAGGACUUUGGGAAUUACAUCUUGUCUCUUUGAGUGGUUUAGUGAAAUAUUUUUUCGCCCACAAUCAAAUUAAUUACGCCCGAUUAACACUUUUGUAUCUGGCAGACAUGAAGAAUUUAGAAGAAACAGACAUGAAGACCUGGUCCUACUUAAAAGAGAAUUUCGCAAUUGCCAAAACCAAUUUUACCACUCACUGCCAUUGGGUCCGAUCACGCAAUGGAGCAGGAGAAUAAGGUAAUGAAGGUCACUGGAGGCAUUAAAGGACUGUUACAACAACCAUCUACAUUGAACAGAUUUUGCCUUGUUUCUCCUAUACUUGCAUCAUUAUCGAAAGAGUUUUGUGAUAUACAAAAUGUCAAUGUUGAUCAAAGAAAGCAACACUACCAAUUGAGUGGCUCAACAUGUAGCAGGAUAGCUUCUAACGUCAAUAAAUUGCUUUGUACCAUGGAUGACUUCGAUGUCAACUUCCGACAAUCCGAUUGUGUAUUUAAUGUUGUUUCAAAAGCUGUUCUUCACAAUUCACAAAUACUUCAACAUGCUGAUAUUGGCUCAAAAUGUUAUGAAGAAUUUGUCACGGAGAGGAUAAAAGGAACAAAAUCGAUAUGGGUACCGUUAAAAAAAGUGAAAAUAGUAACUUUUAAAGAUCUUGGAAAAUCUAUCAAAAAGAGAGUAGGGGAUAAAGUUAUACAACUCAAAGAGGAAAAAACGCUACUAUCAAGAUUUUUAAUCACUGCACGGAAACGUCCCGAGUUGGAUUUGGAGCACUGUAUUGGCAACUUUGAGUUUUCUGUUGUACCAAAGGCCUUGUUCAGUGCUGAUGGAAUUCCAUUGGCUUGUUUAGACAAAUCAAAAUUGAUUCACGGUAUAGAGGAAUUAGCCAGCAAAGGACAAACGACCAAUGGUUUAUCUGGAGAAGUCGAAACAAACAAAGUAAUCAUUAUAGAUGGAAUGGCUGUUGUGAAUCAAACUCCAAAAACACCGGCAGUUAAAACAUGCAAGGAUUUCGCAUCAGCUUUCACAGAACGUGUACUACAAAUUUCAAGAGGAUGUGAUGAAAUACGAUUGGUAUUUGAUCGCUAUAUAGAAACUCCUUGAAAGCACGGACAAGAAAGCAUCGUACAUCUGGUAAUGAAGUUCGA